GCGCAGACUUCGCUGCCGACGAGAGCAGCGAGCACGGCAAAAUGGCCACUUCUAACGUUUCACAUAACCCUAUCGACGAUGAGGAUGAGCUUGAUUUUUCUGACAUCGAAGCCAAAUAUUCUGUGGACUUUGACGAUGGCUUCGACAGUGUAAUCGUCGUCGACGGAGUGCCUGUCAUCGACAAAUCUAAGCUCGACAAGUUACUAGCAAAGAUCUCGAAGGAGUUCUCCAGAAGGGGGGCUGUGAUUAAGCCAGACGACAUUUUUGUACCAUGGGACGACAAUGCAGGAAAAACCAAAGGCUUCAUCUUUGUGGACCUUGGAAACCCAGACGCAGCUGCCUUUGCUGCCAGCGCUAUGAAUGGACACCCUUUCGACACCAAGCAUACUUUCCGCAUCAAUCGAUUUACCGACAUUGAGCGCUAUGCAAGCAUGGACGAGACAUACGUUGAACCCAAAGUGGAGGAAUACCGUCCAAAAGAACAUCUCCGAGCAUGGCUCGCUGAUUCUCAGGGACGUGAUCAGUAUGUGACUUACCGAGGCGAUGAUGUAGAAAUCCAUUGGCACGGGAAGCCUUCGCAGUGUGAAGUGGCAUAUGCGAAAAAGAAUUGGACAGAGCUCUACGCUUCAUGGUCACCCCUUGGUACAUACUUCGCUACGCUUUUCCGUCAGGGUGUCCGGCUGUGGGGUGGGCCAUCAUGGGAACCCCAACAUCGUUUUGCGCAUCCUCUUGUCAAGUUGAUUGACUUUUCUCCAUGCGAAAAUUACAUCGUCACUUGGUCACAUGAUCCCAUUACAGUCCCUAAUAACCUCCCUCAAGGCCCCGAAUUCUUUUCUCCCGAGGAUGAGGGCAAUAACAUUGCCGUUUGGGAUAUCAAGUCCGGCCGUCUCCUUCGCACGUUUCCCACCACGGCUUACGAGACUGAGGAUCCAGUGAUGAAAAAACAAAUGCAAUGGCCUGCAUUAAAGUGGAGUUCCGAUGACAAGUUCGUUGCUCGUGUAACACCAGGACAGCAUAUCAGUGUCUACGAGUUGCCGAGCAUGGGUCUUCACGACAAAAAAAGUUUGAAGAUCGAGGGGGUUGUCGACUUUGAAUGGUGCCCUCACGGAGAUAAGGACAAGGAAGACGCGGAGAAGGCCGUGACAGCUGGGAAAGGUGCCAAGAAAAAGGAGAACAUGCUUGCUUACUGGACGCCUGAAGUCGCUAAUCAACCUGCGCGAGUGACCCUCAUUAAUUUCCCGAGUCGCACUGUUCUACGGCAAAAGAACUUGUUCCAUGUCACAGAGUGCAAGCUUCAUUGGCAAAACCAGGGUGACUUCCUUUGUGUCAAGGUUGAUCGCCACACCAAGACCAAGAAAUCUAUUUUCUGUAAUCUUGAAAUUUUCCGAGUUCGUGAGAAGGACUUUCCCGUUGAAGUUGUCGAGUUGAAAGACACGGUGACAGACUUUUCUUGGGAGCCUAAAGGGGAGCGAUUUGCUAUUGUGUCAAGCAAUGAUCCAAAUCUCGGUAACCCUGGGCCCGGAAUCACAAUCAAAACCGACAUCGGUUUCUACCAGUUGGAUCGUGCUAAGAAUGACUUCAAGCUGCUGCGAACUCUCACAGCAAGGACUAGUAAUACGAUACGUUGGUCUCCUCGAGGCAGACAUGUAGUUCUUGCGACAGUUGGUUCAUCGACCAAGUCCGAACUCGAGUUUUGGGAUCUGGAUUUUAGCACCGAGGAACGCCGAGAAGGCCAAAACGUAAAAGAAGAAUGGGGUAGCGGCAUUCAGCAGCUCGGUUCUGCCGAUCAUUAUGGUGUAACUGAUGUGGAAUGGGAUCCAAGUGGGAGGUACUUGGCCACUAGUGCAAGCGCAUGGAGGCACACGCUCGAAAACGGCUACGCUAUUUGGGACUUCCGAGGACAAGAAUUAGAAAAGCACAUCUUUGACCGCUUCAAGCAAUUCAUCUGGCGGCCGCGGCCGCGGAGCCUCCUUACAAAGGAGCAACAGCGGCAAAUUCGCAAGAAUUUGCGGGAGUACAGCCGCGCGUUCGACGAGGAAGAUGCUGCGGAGGAGAGCAAUGUCAGCGCGGAGCUUAUCGCUCAUCGUAAGCGUCUUCUUGACGAAUGGAAUGCAUGGCGCGCACGUUGCAAGCGGGACAUCGCAGAAGAAAAACGGAGUCGAGGACAAAAACUCAAUGGCGAGCAACACGAAGAGGAAAAGGAAGAGAUUGAGGAGUGGAUUGAUGAAGUUAUUGAGCAAAUCGAGGAGGAGGUCGUGGAGUGAUUGUUCCGUUCUCGGCGUUGUAUUUAGUCGCAUGCAUACAUGUUACUUUCCCAUGUCAUAGUAAGUUAUCUUCGUCCAUGGGGUUGUCCAGCAACAGUGGAGGCGGUGUUCCGUCGAGGUUUCUGUGUUACCACUCAACUGGGUUGUUCUCGGAAUCCCCCAGUGACUGAUACAGUAUCUAAUCUAACAUUCAAUUCCUCCUCGAGUUGACGGUGACGCUAAGCACCUGUU